AGAUGACAGUUGAACUUAGUUGUGCGAACUUCACCUGAUUAUUAAAAAUGAAAUUAUUAGUUGCUUUAGUGUACACAAUAAUCGUGGUGGCUGGAAAAACUGUAGAUCCAAACAUAGAAUUACCAUCAUCGCUGAAAAUUUGCAGGCUUGAAGAUCCCAAUCGUGAUGAAUGCAUUAAGAACUCGAUUCAAAAGUUCCUUCCAACACUUCGCGACGGAAUUGAAAACAUUGGAAUACAAUCGAUGGAUCCUUUCAUUUACGAGAAAUUAUCAUUUAAUAUUCAAAAUAAUAAUUUAUUGAUGGGAAAAGUUGAUGUGAAAGACGUUCUUAAUUAUGGCUUUAGCAGUGGAGUCAUUCAAAGCCUAGAGUCAAACAUUACAGAUGAAGAAAUGUCAAUCAAUGGAAAAGUUUUCUUUCCAAAGAUGUUUGUAUCAGGCAAAUAUGAAUCGAAUGUCGCCUUUAAUGCAUUCAGAUUUGUGUCACGAGGGCAAUAUAAUGUGACAAUGAAAGAUAUCACUGCUAAGUGGAAUAUUAAAAGUAAACUUGUUGAUGUUAAUGGAGAAGCUCAUAUGAAAGCUCAUUACUUUGAAAUAAUUCCGGAAGUUGGCAGUAUGAAAUUUUCAAUUUCUGGUCUUUUUCCAGAUAAAAGUCUAAACCAAGUAUUUAGUGAUUUCUUUACUGAGAAUUGGAAAAUAUUCUAUGACGAAGCAUUGCCUGACAUUCGAAAUCAGUGGGAACCUCUAGUCUUGGAUAUCUCAAACAAGAUAUUUUCAAACUUCCCAUUCAAAAAACUUUUACUCAAAGACUAAUUUAUAAUUCUUAUUCGUAAUUAAAUUUUGACCACUUUGAUAUUUUUUAUAUCUCAAGCAAUAAAAACAUGCAGUAAAAUGCAAAAUCGUUUUAACUCACUGCUUUUAGCUCAACGUGUGGAUUAAAAGUUUUCUUUUAGUUACCGCAGUUUGAAUAUUCGACAGAUACAUGCUUCAACCUCCACAAAAGUCCACAUCUUUCAAAAUCCAAAUGAUUUAUGUCUUAGUUUUAUAGGAAAAUUUUAUGAAAUUAUUGUGAUUAUCUAUUGAAAAAGUGAUAUGUUUGAACUACAAAUUUAUCUCAGAUCAAACUACUUAAAAGAUUAAUGAUGUAGCAGUCACACUCUAAUUGAGAUUCUCUGAAACUUUGUUUCUGAAAGUGCUUUGAAAAUUCCGAAAAACUUUAAACUUUUAUUUCUUGCCAUACAGCAUUGAAAAUGUUUUUACGUUUAGAUACCUAAUUGAAUAAUUUUAUAAUUAGCUACUAGAUGGUUCAAUUUCAAAUAAAAUUUUACCUGUUUAGUUUAACGAUUGAGUUUUCUGAAUCUUUUACAAAUAUUCUUUUGUGUUAUCCGUAAUGCAGUCUUAGGUGAUUUUUCCAUAUGAAAAUCAUAAUUGUGUUAAUUUUUCAAGAACAAAACACUCUUGACCUAGGGACAGCUAUAAUAAUUUCUUUCAAAAUAUUCAUUGGCGAUGUUAAUUUGUUUUUGCCGAGUUUCCUAUAAAUAUUGUAGUCACAGCUGAGUUGAUUGUCACAAAUUAGUUGCACACUUUUAGGAAUAAAAUUUUAAGUAGCUUCA